AUGUCUUCAUCAAGUCUGGAAUCAGAUUCUACCACUUCAUCUUCAAGUGAUGAUUCACUUAUGAUGUCGAAACAAUUAUUAGAUGAGCUGAUGGUAGAUGAAAACUCGUCUAGUAAAGCGACAUAUGAAAUAGUACCUACCAUCGCGACUCAAGUUCCUAUUACACUUUCACAACGUGAUUUCACGUUGCUUGUCUCAAGGAUUGUUAGUCGAAUGAAGCAAGUUCAAGAUAAAAGGAUACACCAGGAUUUGAAAGCGGAUCUAAUCAACCACUUAUGGGAUGUAUAUGGGGAUCAUCAAGCUACUUGA